UAAAAUUUUAAAUCGACUUUCAAAAUUCUUAUCAGAAUUAAAUUUAUAUGUUAUGUACACACAUUUCAACUAUCGACUUUCACAAUAAUUCUUAUCAGAAUUGAAUGAUGAUUCAUAUGUUAUGCACAAAAAUUUCAAUUUAUCUACUCAUCCGAGCAAACGUAAUAGAGUAAAUAACUGAUAGAACCAUGAUAACAAGGAAGAAGAAGGGGGCAGAGAACCUUUGUACUCUUGGUGCCAACAGCCAGUUUUCAGUUUAGUUUAAUAACUCGUCUGGGCAAGAUAGUUGCAGUAUUUCUGCCUAGAAUAGUGUUGUCAGGACUUCCGUGAGCCGAAAAUCGAAUAUAUCUUUCUCUUAUUUGGAAUUUUGACUUUACUCAUCCAGCAUGGUGUCAUUAAGUGUAUUACUUAGUAUCUGUGUAGUAUUAUUAGCUGAUGUCAUUUUCGUUUAUGGCGAAGAAGUAAAGUUCUCCAAAUGCCAAAAAUUCCAAAGAGACAAGGAUGGAGUAGCGAGACAGUAUGAGCAAUCGUGUAACAUACAGAAAGUGUUCGUUGACCCAUGCCCUGAUGCGGCCAGCAAUGAGCCUUGCAAAGUGAAACACGGCAAUGAAGGAGCAAUCACUGUUCAUUUCACACCUCAAUUUUCGGCAACAAACAUCAGUUCGCAAGCCUACUGGGACCAAGCACUAAUGAACGUACCAUUCGAAGAUAUGGACACCAAUGGAUGCAAGUACAUGAAGUGCCCCAUGGAGAAAGAUGUCGCCACCACCUACAGCUACAAAAUCGGCAUCAAAUCCACCUACCCACCGGACAUCUACACCGUGAAAUGGAAGGUACUAAGUGCUGAGGACCCAACAAAGGAAUGCUGUUUCAGAUUCAGACUGAAGAUUGUACCAUGAGCUUCGUGUACACUAAAUAUUAUUGAUUUAUUGAUGAUAUAUUGUUUUUUAAAAUAAAAACACCAUUUGUUCACUUUAA